GAAGCGGGGUCCGGAGCGGGCUUCCGGCCCCUGAAGAACGAACGAGUGGGGGGCUUCGUGGGGCACCGGGGACCCCCUCUCCCGGUCUGGGCGGCCUGAUGGCGUAGGAGGGGUCGGCUGUGAGCGUGCGACGAUUGCUUCAGAUCUGAUCACUAUGGUACGAGAAAGAAAAUGCAUAUUGUGCAACACUGUCUACAGCUCAAAAAGGGACAGUAGUCAUGAGUGCCGAGUGUGCGGGGUCACAGAAGUGGGUCUUUCUGCAUAUGCAAACCACAUUUCUGGCCAGUUGCACAAAGAUAACGUUGAUGCCCAGGAAAGAGAAGAUGAUGGAAAGGGAGAAGAAGAGGAAGAAUAUUUUGACAAGGAACUCGUUCAGUUAAUAAAACAAAGGAAGGAACAAAGUCGACAAGAGGAAGCUUCUCACAGCAGUCAAGAAAUAAACUCAGAUGACAGGCGACCCCAAAGGAGACGAGAAGACCGAAUCCCUUACUCAGAGAGAGAGAGUUACAGUCAGCCAGCUUGGCAUCAUCGGGGGCCUCCUCAGCGGGACUGGAAAUGGGACAAAGAUGGCUUCAAUAACACAAGGAAAAACAGCUUUCCACAUUCUUUGAGAAAUAAUGGUGGACCAAGAGGCUGCUCUGGGUGGCAUAAGGGUGGUGCAGGAGGCCCCUCAAAUUGGUUUCAUAGCCAUAGUAAUUCUGGAGGUGGUUGGCAUUCGAAUAGUGGAACCUUAGAUUGGAAUCAUAAUGGCACAGGAAGAAAUUCCAGUUGGCAUUCUGAAGGAACAGGUGGCUUUUCCAGUUGGCAUAUGAACAACAGUAACGGAAACUGGAAAUCCAGUGUGCGUGGUACAAAUAGUUGGAAUUAUAGUGGCCCUGGAGACAAAUUUCAACCAGGCAGAAAUAGAAAUUCUAACUCUCACGUGGAAGACAUGACUAUGCAAUGGAACGGUAAACCCAAGUCAAAUAAAUAUAAUCAAGAGAGAUAUCAUUGGCAACGGCAAGAAAAUAGCAAAGUUGGUUCAGUCGCUGCAUAUCGAGGUCCCUCUACAGGGUUUGCCAGUGAUAAAUUUCCUUCAGAAGACUUAUUUGACUUCAGUUUCGAGCAGUGGGAAAGCCAAACCACUAAACCAACAGACAUGGCAGCUUCCAAAAGUGGUGGGAAGAAUGGCACUUUGGCGAGGGAGAAACAACAUCGCUGGGCUCCUUACCGAUCUCAGAAGACUCUGGAUCUACAGGUUGCAAUAAAAGAUGUCAUUGGGCAGUCAGAAGUGAAAGACAAGCCUCUUUUUGAUUUUAGCCUGAUAACCAUGGGAGUGCAAGAGCCUAAAAGUGAUGAGUCAGCCAAGAAAACAUCAUCGUUGAAAACACACACAAAACUGAAUACUGAGUCUCUGCCACACAGGUCCACUUCAGACCAUGCUGCUUCCACUGGGGUGGCACAAGACUGCCCCAUUACAGAAAAACCCGAACAAUCGCAACAUUUAAACAAGUUAAAAUCCCCAUCUCUUUCCAUCCCAGUUACUAAAUCAGUUCCUCCGAAGCAAAGUUCAAAGAAGCCUUCAAGACACACCAAAAAGCAUUCUUUUUCUCCUGAGAAACACAGGGAUUCCUCAAGCAAACACACUGUGGAAGAUAAUCAUGAUGCCACCUAUAUCUCCAAAAAGCGGGGUUCAUGUCCUCGUGUCUCAAGAGGGAAGGAAAGUACAUUUGGUAUCCAAACGGAACUCGAUGGAAAUUUAAGUGAUACCUUAGAAAAAGCCAAAGACGGGCCACCGUGUCCCGAAUCAAUGCAAAAUCCACUUCCUAGUAGUGCCUCUAAAAGGAAUUGUGCAAAAGCAAGUAGGAAUGUCCAAGAAUCUGAAAAGGGUUCUUUGAAAAUUGAGUUUCAGGUUCACACGUUAGAGGGUGGAAGUGAAGGAGAGAGAUCAGACCCAGAAAAGCUUGGGACAAAAAUGAAAACCCCAGAUUCUGCAAGUACAGAAGCUUUGUCCUACACCACUCUGGCCACUGAUGAGAAAGAGGGUAAUGAUGCAAGCCUCAAUAAAGCUCUCAAACAAUCCACUUCCCCGUGUAAUUCAGUAGUGCCUCAGAAAGACUCUGAGUUACAAAUGACAUCUGUAGCCAGCCCCCACUCUGACUUACUGUUGGACCUGAAAGCCCCCAUAGAAGAUGGCCAGGUUGAUGAGACUGUUAAGUCUCAUGUAUCUUAUGAAACAGAAGGUUUUGAUACUACUGGCUUGGAUGUAGAUCUUCAGAAAGGUGAGUUAGGCCAGCCCUCGGGCCCUCUCCUGCCUGAGCUAAGCAAGCUGGGCUUUCCUGCCUCACUCCAGAGAGACCUAACUCGGCACAUCAGUUUGAAGAGUAAAACUGGAGCACAUCUUGUAGAACCAAAUCUCAACAGUGCUCGCCGCAUCCGCAAUAUUAGUGGUCAUCGGAAGAGUGAGACAGAGAAGGAGUCUGGGCUCAAGCCAACCCUCCGGCAAAUUCUAAAUGCCUCGCGUCGAAAUGUCAAUUGGGAACAGGUCAUUCAGCAAGUGACCAAGAAAAAGCAAGAGCUAGGCAAAGGCCUGCCCAGGUUUGGCAUAGAAAUGGUUCCUUUGGUCCAGAAUGAGCAAGAGGGUUUAGAUUUGGAUGAAGAGCCCGAUCUGUCCAGUCUUGAAGGGUUCCAAUGGGAAAGUGUUUCCGUUUCUUCAUCUCCCGGGCUGACAAGGAAACGCAGCCUUUCCGAGAGCAGCGUGGUCGUGGACAGGGCGGCUCCUUCCGUGUAUGGCUACUUCAAUGAGGAAGGCACGGGCAAAGAAAAUGAGCCCCGGGACAUCAUUUCACCUACGAACUCAUUGAGGUCUACACAGAGCCAGAAAGUGACUCUGGCACUUAAGCAGGAAGUGACACCUUUGGAGGCCUCCCUGAUCAUGGGUGAAGGAGCUGAAAGUAUGGGUGUCAGGAGGCAGCAUAGUACCCCUUUCUCUUCUGACCACACGGUCCCUGGGAUGCAGUUGGCCAAAGACCGGAGCAGCCGGAAGAGUUCAACCCCUUCUGAGAAUCCUAACACCCAGGAGAGCAAUGGCGAAGGAAGCUCCUUCUCAUCCCAUGUAUCUUCAGCCCUUACAAUCUCAAGUUUGGCAGAUGCUGCCACAGAUAGUAGCUGUACUUCCGGUGCUGAACAAAAUGACGGGCAGAGUAUUAGAAAGAAAAGAAGAGCUACUGGGGAUGGAUCAUCUCCUGAACUUCCAAGUCUAGAGAGGAAAAAUAAAAGAAGAAAAAUUAAAGGAAAGAAAGAACGUUCUCAGGUUGACCAGCUGCUGAAUAUCUCUUUAAGGGAGGAAGAACUAAGCAAAUCACUGCAGUGCAUGGAUAACAAUCUCUUGCAAGCACGGGCAGCACUUCAGACAGCUUAUGUUGAAGUUCAGAGGCUACUUAUGCUUAAACAACAGAUAACUAUGGAAAUGAGUGCCCUGAGAACCCAUAGAAUACAAAUUCUACAGGGAUUACAAGAAACAUAUGAACCUUCCGAGGGCCCAGACCAGGCUCUUUGUAGUCUUCUGAGAGAACAAAGGAACACUAGACCUCAAACAUCUGCCGAUCCUGCAUUGCUGCCUACUCCCCUUUUUCCUGUUUUUCUGGAGUCUCCAUCAUCCACUGGAGUCCCUCUCCAAGUAACUACGUCUUCUACUUUCCAAGGCCAUGGUAGUCUUCCUGCUCCAGACUCCUCAGUUCAGAUUAAACAAGAACCCAUGUCUCCUGAACACGGCGAGAGUGUGAACAAUAUGUCACAAGGCUCUGCUUGCAUUGUGUCCAAGGAAUUACUGCAGGCUCAUAGUAUGUAAACUUUUCUCUGAGUUAAGGGCAACCCUGUAGUGAAUCUGGGGUGACUUUGUAUCAGUGAUGAAUGUCAAACUCCCCAUUAAAGCUGAAAUUACCAAAAUUCAAAAAAAAAAAAAA